CGCGAGCCACGAGCCACGAGGCAUCUGCUAAUAGGAUUACGCAUCACCUCCGGUCGGUCCCGACAGUUGUGCGGAUUAGCAACAGCGUCAGAGUAUCCGCCAUCGCAAACCUCAAGUCCCGUCUUCAUUCGAGGCAACAGAUUAAAAGACUUCGACCUUGGCUUCCGUCAUGAGAAUGUGUUCGUGCCCUGCGUAGUCGCAUUCCGGCCCUCGACAGCCCAGCUAUGUGGACCUACAUGAUGGCUGCCGCCCGCGGAGAUCGGGUCAACACAAUGAUGUCCACCAGAAGACGCCCCGAAACCGAGUCCCCAAAAUACGGCUACAACCUCUCCUCUCGUCCCAUGUACCGCACCAGCCGCUUCGUGGGAGCCACCUCCUCAGCGCCCGCCCAGUUGCAGCUGCCUCAUCACUCGCACCACCAGCAGGCGAUGGCGUUGACGGUCCCACCGCCGCUCGAGGAGAUUAGCGGCGGCUUGUUCGCUCCAUUUGCGCCAACGGCAGCGAUUUCAGUUGAGCAGGCAGCCAGCUCGAUUCCCUUGGGAACGGAGAACGAUGAGCGCCUGGAGGUGCAUCAGCUUCAUUAUCCACGCCGAAGCUGGCAAAGAAGACAUCGGCAUGGCAAUCAGGAAGAAGCGGAUGACGACUAUGACGAGGACGACGACGAGGAUGAUGAUGAUGAUGAUGAGUUCGGUGAGGCCAACGACAACCAAGAGGAGGGCAUUGCUCCCGCUGACCUGCAGCAGCAUCGCCACAAGCAUCACCAGGAGCAGCAACAGCAGCAGCUGCAGCUGCAGCAGCACUCCAGUGAUCCCAGCUACGUGGAAAACGGCAGGAAGCUGAUACAGGAGCCCAGCAAACGGAGCAAACCAUCGGCUUUGCGGCGAACCCUGCAGGCGUUGCGGCAGCGUCUGACCAAACGGAACCGACCAAAGCCGCCAGACUGGUUCCUGGAGAAGUUCUCGAAUGCCACCAACACGGACAAGAUUGGCAAGGGCUGCCCCAUGAUGGACGAUGCGGCCCUCUCCAGCGAGAUACGAGGCAGCAGUGCCCUGUGCAACCGCCUCUCCGUGGACCCCACACUGCAGUCCCAUUACAGGUGGCUGGCUGUGGUCUCGCUGGCCGUGCUCUACAACAUCAUCUUCGUGAUGGGACGUGCCGUCUUCUGGGAGAUCAAUAAGAGUGCUCCUGCGGUUUGGUACACCCUGGAUUAUCUCUGCGAUUUCAUCUAUCUGCUGGAUACGCUUGUUCACAUGCACGAGGGAUUUCUGGACCAGGGUCUGCUCGUACGGGACGCCUUCCGGCUGCGACGGAACUACUUCCACACGAAGGGCUGGUACCUGGACGUGCUCUCGAUGCUGCCCACGGAUCUGGCGUACAUCUGGUGGCCGCCGGAGACCUGCAGCAGCCUCUACCUGCCCUGUCCGGUGAUUGUGCGAAUGAACCGGCUGCUGCGCAUGAAUCGGCUCUUUGAGUGGUUCGACCGAACGGAGACGGCCACCGGCUAUCCGAAUGCCUUCCGAAUCUGCAAGGUGGUCCUGGCCAUCCUGGUGCUGAUCCACUGGAACGCCUGCAUGUACUUUGCCAUCAGCUACGAGAUUGGCUUCAGCUCCGACUCGUGGGUCUACAAUCUGAACGGCACGAGGAACAACACGCUGCAGCGGCAGUACAUCUACAGCUUCUACUGGUCCACCCUAACGCUGACGACCAUCGGCGAGACGCCCACGCCCGAGAACGAUGUGGAGUAUUUGUUUGUGGUGGCCGAUUUUCUCGCCGGGGUCCUCAUCUUUGCCACCAUUGUGGGUAAUAUCGGUUCCAUGAUUUCCAACAUGAAUGUGGCACGCGUCGAGUUCCAGAACCGCAUGGAUGGCGUGAAGCAGUACAUGGCCUUCCGGCGCGUGGGCCAUGAGCUGGAGGCGCGGGUGAUCCGCUGGUUCGCGUACACCUGGUCCCAGAGCGGGGCCCUGGACGAGGAGCGAGUGCUGGCCGCUCUGCCGGACAAGCUGAAGGCGGAGAUUGCCAUCCAGGUGCACAUGGACACGCUGAAGCAGGUGCGCAUCUUCCACGACACGGAGCCGGGCCUCCUGGAGGCCCUCGUGCUCAAGCUCAAGCUGCAGGUCUUCAGCCCCGGCGACUACAUCUGUCGCAAGGGUGACGUGGGCAAGGAGAUGUACAUCGUGAAGCGGGGCAAGCUCUCCGUGGUGGGGGACAAUGGAAUCACCGUGCUGGCCACCCUGGGCGCCGGCUCCGUCUUCGGGGAGGUGUCUGUGCUGGAGAUUGCUGGCAAUCGGACCGGCAACCGACGCACCGCCAACGUUCGCUCCCUGGGCUACUCGGAUCUCUUCUGCCUGGCCAAGCGGGACCUGUGGGAGACGCUGGCCGACUAUCCCGAGGCCCGCUCCACCCUCACCCAGCGCGGCUGUCAGCUGCUGCGCAAGGAUGGACUCCUGGACGAGCAGAUAUUUUCAGACUCCCAGCGCGUGCAUGACAGCAUAGAGGGGGGCAUCGAGAAGCUGGAGCUGUCCGUGGAGAACCUCAAUAUGCGCCUGGCCCGACUGCUGGCCGAGUACACGGCCAGCCAGGCCAAGAUCAAGCAGCGCCUGGCCAAGCUGGAAAUGAAUGGCGGCCCUGGCACUUGGCGCUUGGAAAGCGAGCCCCAGACCCGAGCCCGCAGCGGACGUCUCUACUCGCUGCAGCCCAAGCGGCGCCCACGUUCGCGACCCGACGCGACUGCCAAAAGUGGGGAGGCUGCCAAGCAGAACACGCUCUAAGCGGAGUCCGCCGUCUGGAGUGCCCCAAAUAGCCCACCCCUCCAGCCCAUCCUACGUCCCAGUGUACGCCGGAA